AAAACGGGGAGGCCCAUUUGUUUGGUUGUACAAAAAAAGAGGACCAGUUAUCCCUCAAAUAAACAUUCUCUAGGGUUUUCGCAUACGCCGCUUGUUCUUUCCUCUGUGAGCAACCGACGAAAUGGGUCAUGACAACGUGUGGAACUCUCAUCCGAAGAAGUACGGUCCUGGCUCACGCACCUGCCGUGUGUGUGGAAACUCCCACGGGCUGAUCAGGAAGUAUGGUCUGAACUGCUGCAGACAGUGUUUCCGCAGCAAUGCCAAGGACAUUGGAUUCAUCAAGUAUCGUUAAUGAAGCACCAGUUCUUGAUUGAUGCUUGUAAUACGCAAAAAUGAUGGCGUCAAUCAAUUGUCUCUGAAACUGUUUUAGUUUUUUUUAAUGCACUUCAAUUUUGUGGGGAGGUAUCGAAUAACUUGGUGGACCUCUCUAAAUACCUAUGUAUUUUCUCUUAAAAGCUUAAGUUUCAUGGAACAA